AUGUUAAUCUCAACACCUGAUCAAGCUCCAGAGGGCAACCACGAUGAAGUGGACUUCGAGUUAUUGGGCAGCAAUGGGCCUCCAUAUGUACUCAGCACUAAUGUCUUCACCCAAGAUUCUGGUCAUAGGGAGCAACAAAUCAACCUUUGGUUUGAUCCCACUUUGGAUUUCCAUGAAUAUGAGAUCAUGUGGAAUGACCAUCAAAUAGUAUUUAUAGUCGACAAGAUACCAAUUAGGGUCUUCAAAAACCUUACAUCAAUUGGAGCAAAAUAUCUGAAGCUUCCAAUGUUUGUACACGGGAGCGUAUGGAAUGCACCUCAAUGGCUACGGUCCACCGAUUGGGCUCGUGGGCCAUUCGUAGCGAGUUAUCGUUCAUUCGAAGUUAAUGGUUGUUCGUACAAAGAAUUAGAGCCUAAACAAUGCUCGUCUUCAGAAUCUAUUACUAUAUAA